GCUCAAAAAGCUACCUGAUGUGCUGGAGCCAAGUUGGUACCUAAAACAAGUGAAGUUCGGUUAUUAACCAAAGUAAUAAGAAAAAUAUUUCACAGGAAUUACAAACCAAGUGGCAGCUGAAAGAAAAUAAAAGUUAAAUAAAUCCAUUUUCUGGGAAAAUUACGAAAAGAAAGCAGAGUAGUGAUUUGUGUUAAAAAUUGAAGAGGGAAAUAUUCAUUAAGCCGAGAUUUUAACAUCAAAUCAGAGUCAAAGACAAAAGAUAAGCAACACAACAUGGAUUCUUCAAGACUAAAUUAUGUAUAUUUACUAGUGUUUCUCAUGUCAUGUCACUUCGUUACAACAUACUCUGCUCCCAGCUACUAUCAACCAAUGUAUAACGAUGUAGAUGACCAACCUGAUGAAUUCCUAAUUGACUUAAUAUCGAGAUAUGGACAAACUAUUAUGAACGCUAGAAACGACCUUGAGAAUUCAAAACGUACAGUAGACUUUGGGUUAUCGAGAGGUUAUUCUGGAGCACAGGAAGCCAAACAUCGGAUGGCAAUGCAAAUCGCCAACUUUGCUGGUGGACCAGGACGACGCAAGCGAUUAUCUGGUGGAAAACUUGCUGCUUUAAACUAAAUAGACAUUUUUAUGUCCUUCACACUAUCUUCUCUCAUAUUAAGCACCCCCGAAAAGUUGAAAUCUUUUAGAAGAUUGUGAGGUUAUCUGUAUAAAAUAAAACUGAAAUGAACAAGUUGAUGAAAAUCUGCAAUUACUGAAAAUAUAAUAAAACUAUGCUCUUUCGAUUCCAAAAAUAAAUAAAUAAAAAGUUUAAAGUUUCUGGAAAACUAAGAAAAUGUAAA